AUGCAGUUGGAUAUAGACGGGUUAAAAGUCCUGUUCCCUUACGAUUAUGUGUAUCCGGAGCAGGUUUUGUAUAUGAAAGAGGUCAAGAAGGCGCUUGACGCGAAUGGUCAUGGCCUCCUCGAAAUGCCGUCGGGAACUGGAAAAACCGUUUCACUCCUCUCAUUAGUCCUCGCUUAUAUGAUCUCAUACCCCGACCGGCUCGACAAACUCGUCUACUGCUCUCGAACAAUUCCAGAAAUUGAAAAAUGUGUCGAAGAGAUGAAAGUUCUCUAUGAUUACUGGGAGAAGGAGACCGGACAGCCAGUCGCCAAAAUCACAGUGGCAAUGAGUGCCAGAAAGAAUUUGUGUAUCAAUGAAAAGGUCGCCGCGCUGAGAUUCGGAAAUACUGUCGAUUCGGCGUGUCAGAAAUUGACGGCGUCGUCCGUGAGAGCUAAGAGAAAGGAGAAUUCGGAAAUUGAGGGAUGCGACUAUUUUGAGAAUUUCGAGGCGAACAGUUUUCCGAUGCAGAAUGGAGUUUGGAAUUUGGAAGACCUCCGCCAACUGGGACGUGAGCGCAAAAUCUGUCCAUACUUCACUGCCCGUAACGCCAUUAAUCGUGCUCACAUCGUCGUCUACUCCUAUCAUUAUAUUCUGGAUCCGAAAAUUGCUGAACUCGUUUCCAAAGAUUUUAGUAGAAAGUCAGUAGUCGUUUUCGACGAAGCACAUAACAUCGACAAUGUUUGCAUUGAGUCAAUGUCAGUGGCGAUUUCACAGAAAAAUGCGGAUCGAGCGCUUCAGGAGCUUCAAAACCUCGAAGGAGUGGUUGGAAGGAUGAAAAGUGCAAAUUCUGAAAAACUACAAUCAGAAUACGACAAAUUGGUGGAGGGGCUGAAAAGGGCUGAACGAGAACGAGCCAACGACGAGAGACUUGCGAAUCCAUGUAUUCCGGAUGAUAUUUUGAAAGAGGCGGUGCCCGGAAAUAUUCGACAAGCUAAUCAUUUCUUGUUAUUCUUGAAAAGAUUCGUGGAAUAUGUCAGGCAUCGGCUGAGAACUCAUCAGGUACUCAUCGAAAGUCCUGCCGCUUUCAUGAAAGACAUUCAAGAGAGAAUGUGUAUCGAGCGUCGUCCAAUGAGAUUCUGUGCCGAACGUCUCGCGAAUCUCGUUCGUACCCUUGAAAUCACAGAUAACGGAGACGUCUGGGCACUCUCUCAAGUCACAACAAUGUGUACGCUGGUCUCCACGUAUUCUAAAGGAUUUUCGGUUAUUGUGGAGCCACAAGAUGGUAGUCAAAUGGCAAUGAUCACUCUUUCAUGUCAUGACGCUUCGAUUGCUAUUCGGCCGGUACUGAAACGACAUCAAUCGGUUAUCAUCACUUCUGGAACCUUAUCUCCACUGGAAAUGUAUCCGAAGAUUUUGGAUUUCGACCCUGCUGUCGUCGCAUCGUUCACUAUGACUCUGGCGAGACCCUGCUUGGCUCCGUUAGUGGUGGCACGCGGAAAUGACCAAGUGGCGAUGACUUCGAGAUUCGAACAACGUGCCGACGUGGCGGUCAUUCGAAAUUAUGGAAACUUAGUUCUGGAAAUGGCCUCUCUAGUACCAGAUGGAAUGGUUGUAUUUUUCACCAGCUAUCUAUAUAUGGAGAAUGUCAUUGGCGUUUGGUAUGAGCAGCACAUUAUCGAUGAGUUGAUGAAGUACAAACUGCUGUUUAUUGAGACAAACGAUGCGUUGGAGACGUCGGCGGCGCUCGAGAAAUACGUGGAAGCUUGCGAUAGUGGAAGAGGAGCGGUGCUGUUCUCUGUGGCGAGAGGAAAAGUUUCGGAGGGAAUCGAUUUCAGUCAUCAUUUGGGACGUUGCGUCAUCAUGCUCGGAAUCCCUUAUAUGUACACCGAGAGUCGCGUGCUCAGAGCAAGAUUGGAGUAUCUCAGAGACACUUUUGGUAUCAGAGAGAACGACUUUCUGACGUUCGAUGCAAUGCGACACACCGCGCAGUGUAUGGGAAGAGCUCUUCGCUCUAAGACAGACUAUGGAUUGAUGGUGUUUGCUGAUAAGAGAUUCUCCCGAAACGACAAACGCGGCAAGCUGCCUCGCUGGAUGCAAGAAUAUCUGGAGCCGGCUUCCACUAAUUUGAGUAUCGAUGAGGCGGCACAGGUGGCGAGACGAUGGUUGACACUGAUGGCUCAGCCGUUCCAGAAGGAACAUCAGUUGGGUGUGUCGUUGUUGAAUAAGGAAAUGGUGCAGGAUCAGCAGAUGAUGAGACGAUUUGAACGAGUUGUUGAAUAUGUUGAUUAA